AGCAGUAACCUUAACUUCAUAUCAAGCUAGCAUGGCAUCCAAACAAAUACAUGAGCCCGGCACCGCUGACGGCUGGCAUGGCAUCAUUCCCAGCAGCGCCUUCCCCGCCGACCCCAGCCGCUACCACCUGUACAUCGGGCUGUUCUGCCCGUUCGCGCACCGUGUCAACUUCGUGCGCCACCUGAAGGGGCUGACCAGCAUCCUGCGCACCAGCGUCGUCAAGCCGUACCCGAAGGGCGACGCGAAGGGCUGGCCGGGCUGGCGGUUCCCGGCCAGCGACAGCGAGUACGCGGGAGCGACGGUCGACCAUUUGUUCGGCGAGGACUACCUGCACAAGGUGUACUUCCGGGCGGACCCGGACUACAAAGGCCGGUACUCGGUGCCAUUGCUGUGGGAUACGAAGAGCAACACGGCUGUUGCAAAUGAAAGCAUCGCCAUCCUGCGCUGGCUCCCGCAAGCCUUCAACGCGCACCUCCCGCCCGCUCUCGCCGCUAUCGACCUAUACCCCCCGCACCUCCAACCCAAGAUCGACGCUAUCAGCCCGUGGCUCCAAUCCGACCUGAACACGGGGGUCUACAAGGCAGGCUUCGCCGAGACGCAGGAGGCGUACGACGAGAAGGUGAUCCCAGUGUUCGGGGCGCUAAAUAAAAUGGAGCGCAUCGUGGCGGCGCACGGGGGCCCGUUCGUGCUGGGCAAGGAGAUGACGGAGCUGGACGUGCUGCUGUACGCGACGCUCAUCCGCUUCGACACCGUCUACGUGCAGCACUUCAAGUGCAAUCUGGGCACCAUCCGCCACGAUUACCCCGUACUGAACAAUUGGCUGAAGGGGAUGUACUGGGACGUGCCGGCGGCGCGCGCGAGUACCGAUUUCCGCCACAUUAAGGAGAAUUAUACGAAGAGUCACGAUUUUAUCAACCCCCGGGCCAUCACGCCGGUGGGGCCGUACCCGGAUGUCGAGGAGGGGGUGGAGCGGGACUGGGAGCGGCUGAGCGUCGGAGGGGUCAAGCAUCCCAAGGUGUUGGAGUAUGAGGCUAGCAUUCCAGAUUGAGCGGAGUAGGAGGUAGUGAGG